CUCAACUUCCUUCUCGACCCAUCAACCGGCUCAUCAACCACAACCUUGCUCCAUUUAAUACAGCCAACAACGCAAUCAACGACAGCUUGACGGCCCUAUACCCUUACAACAUCACGAGCAGUACGGGACAGCUAGACCGCCCAAGAUGGACCAGCAACUCAUCAACCUUGUCAACAAGCUCCAGGACGUCUUUGCGUCGAUCGGUGUCCAGAACAACAUCGAUCUGCCUCAGAUCACUGUCAUCGGCUCGCAGUCGAGUGGCAAGUCGUCCGUUCUCGAGAACAUUGUCGGCCGCGACUUCCUGCCCCGUGGUACCGGUAUCGUCACCCGUCGUCCAUUGGUUCUCCAACUGAUCAACCGCCCCGCGACGUCCAGGGCGGCCAACGGCGACAACAAGGAGGGAGAGAAGAAGGAUGAUAGUGAGACAAAGAAAGACGGCGACAAGCCGGAGGAGGCCCUUUCUAAGCUUAGGAUCAAUGAGAACAACCCCGACGAGUGGGGAGAGUUCCUCCAUCUCCCCGGCCAAAAGUUCCACGACUUUGGUAAGAUCCGCGACGAGAUUGUGAGGGACACUGAGAAGAUGACCGGCAAGAACGCUGGCAUCUCGCCCAACCCCAUCAACCUCCGCAUCUUCUCGCCCAACGUCCUCACCCUCACCCUGGUCGACUUGCCCGGUCUGACCAAGGUGCCCGUUGGCGACCAGCCCCGUGACAUUGAGAAGCAGAUCCGCGACAUGCUCUUCCGCUACAUCUCCAAGCCCAACGCCAUCAUCCUCGCCGUUACCGCCGCCAACACCGACUUGGCCAACUCGGACGGUCUCAAGCUCGCCCGCGAGGUCGACCCUGAGGGAACGCGCACCAUUGGUGUCCUCACCAAGGUCGACUUGAUGGACCAGGGAACCGACGUUGUCGACAUUCUUGCUGGCCGUGUCAUUCCCCUCCGCCUCGGCUACGUCCCCGUCGUCAACCGUGGUCAGCGCGACAUUGACCAGUCAAAGUCGAUCGCCUCGGCCCUCGAGAACGAGAAGAAGUUCUUUGAGAACCACCCCAGCUACGCCAGCAAGGCCCAGUACUGUGGUACCCCUUGGCUCGCUCGCAAGCUCAACAUCAUCCUCAUGCACCACAUUCGCAACACGCUCCCCGACAUCAAGGCGCGUAUCAGCCAGCAGCUCAUCAAGUACCAGACCGAGCUGGCGUCGCUUGGUGGUGCGCUCGGCGAGACCAACCCCGGCAGCGUUGUCCUGUCGACCAUCACCGAGUUCUGCAACGAGUUCCGCUCGUCGAUUGACGGUAACAACAACGACGUCUCUCUCAACGAGCUGUCCGGCGGUGCCCGUAUCUCGUUCGUCUUCCACGAGCUGUACAACAACGGUGUCAAGAGCAUCGACCCCUUCGACCAGGUCAAGGACGGUGACAUUCGCACGAUUCUGUACAACUCGUCGGGUUCGACCCCCUCGCUGUUCGUCGGCACUGGUGCCUUUGAGAUCAUUGUCAAGCAGCAGAUCCGCCGUCUCGAGGACCCCUCGCUCCGCUGUGUCGCCCUCGUCUACGACGAGCUGAUUCGCAUUCUCGGCCAGCUGCUCACCAAGACCUCCACCUUCAAGCGCUACCCCGAGCUCAAGGACCGCUUUAACCUCGUCGUCAUCAACUUCUUCAAGAGCUGCAUGACGCCCACCAACAAGCUCGUGUCUGACAUGGUCUCGAUGGAGGCAUGCUACAUCAACACGACACACCCCGACUUCCUCAACGGCCACAAGGCCAUGGCCAUUGUCCAGGAGCGCCUCAACGCCAACAAGCCUCCCGAGAAGAUUGACCCCAAGAAGCCCCCUCAGGCUCACAAGGACCUCGACUUUGAGACCAAGAACAACCAGGAGAGCUUCUUUGGCUCGUUUUUUGCCAAGGACAAGGCGCCAAAGCGCAAGGGUGCCGCGGCAAUGGAGGCGCCUCCCUCGAUGAUCAAGCCCGUGGCUCAGCUGAGCGACCGCGAGCUGAUGGAGACCGAGGUGAUCAAGCUGCUCAUCAACUCGUACAUGAGCAUUACAAAGAUCACCCUCAUCGACAUGGUCCCCAAGGCAAUCACCCUCAACCUGGUCAACUUUGCCAAGGAGAACCUCCAACGGGAGCUGCUCGAGCAGCUGUACAAGCCCGAUGUUCUGGACGAGCUGCUCAAGGAGUCGCCCGAUGUCGUUGCCCGGAGGCGAGAGUGUGUCAAGAUGGUUGCGGCGCUCAACUCUGCCGAGGCGAUUGUCGCGGCCGUGUAAGCAUAGACGAAUGGAUGAUGGAUGUUCACGAUUGGCAUGCAUACGUGAUAGAGCGG